AUGCAUGAGAAUCCUAAUCGAGCAAACGAGGCAUAUGGCUGGCAUUUUCAAUAUUUGACCGUCAUCGGCUUGACUCUUUCGACAAUCACCUUUCUGGUUGGCCUGCUUGCGGAUAUAACACUAUCGCGUCGACUUUUCUUGACCAAAAACUUGCUGUCAGUAUGCAGUGCUCCCAUGGAAGUACUGAUCAGCGUUCUAUACUGGGGUUUGCGCUUGAUUGAUGAGCGCCUUGUGGUACCAGAUUGGGCAGUCAUUCCUUUGCAUGCUGAUCUUGGCUUCCAUGCGGUUCCUUCUAUUGUCAUGCUGGUCGAUCUCCUGUUUUUCUCGCCGCCAUGGACCAUUUCUGUGACGCCAUCCUUGGGGCUUUCCAGUACGAUCGCAUUCGGAUAUUGGGUCUGGAUUGAGCGGUGCUACUUGUACAAUGGAUGGUAUCCUUACCCGAUUUUUGAACAGCUCUCCACCACUGGCCGAGUCGGCUUGUUUUCGCUGAGUGCUGCUGUGAUGGCCUUAAGCACAGUCACCUUGAAAUGGCUAUACGGUCACAUGAAUGGAUUUGGCGCCCUAUUUCCAGCGCAAUCUCGCCCUGGCGACAUCAAAAAGUACGAGCAGCUUUCACUGUGA